UUUCUCUUGCAUUUUUCAACCUUUAUGGGAAAAUAAAUAAAUAAUAAAUAUUCAAUGAAAAUAAAAAUGUCCAUCAAUGUUUUUCUAUUUUCUCGUAAUGUUUUCACCCGGAUAGCUAAACCUAAUCGAUUCGGAUUGUGGACAAUAAAUAGUCGAAGAAAAAUACAAACACAAUCAGUCGAAAAAAAUUCGAAUGAAAUUGAAAAAUUAAUUCAAAAAUCAUUCUACAAACAACCUUCUUUUUAUCGAUAUUUUAAUCAAUUUUUGAUUGAAAAUAAUUUCAACAAAUCGAUUUCCGAUGAACUUAAAUUUUAUUAUCAACGUACAUUAGAUGAAUUUCUUGAAAUUAAUGAUUUAAUAAUAUCCGAUGAUGGUAAAAACGUUACUGAUGAUAAUGAUGAUGGAUUUAUUGCUUUGGCUAAAAACGAAUCAUUAUCGUUGAUUGAACGAUUAAUUCAAAUUCAGGAUCAGAUUCUGGAUCAAGCAUGUGUAGAUGAUCGAGAUAUCAAUGAAUGUUCAUUCGAAAUACGUGCCGGUGUCGGUGGUAAAGAAGCCAGUCUAUUUGCUCAAGAAUUAUAUAAUUUAUAUUUGAAAUUCAUCACAUUCAAUGGUUGGCAAAUACGAAUGAAUGAAGAUUUUGAACAAAUCGAAUUGGAUGAUAGUAGUUCGUUGUUUACUCAAACAAUCGAAAUCAAUGGCAAUGGUUGUUAUCCUUUAUUAAGACAUGAAGCAGGUGUACAUCGAGUGCAACGAGUACCAAGAACCGAGAAAUAUGGCCGAAUACAUACAUCGACCGUAUCGAUAGCUGUCAUACCUGUACGUCAUAAUCUAGUCACUGUAAAAGAAUCCGAUCUAAAGAUUGAAGUGAAAAAUUCAUCCGGACCUGGUGGUCAAAAUGUUAAUCGAAAUCUAACCUGUGUUCGUAUUACUCAUUUACCAACUGGUCAUACGGUUGAAUCACAAGAGACACGAUUUCAAUAUCAAAACAAAGAAUUAGCCUUACAUAAAAUGAAAACAUUAUUGAAUCAAAUUGAAUAUGAACGUUUAGAACGUGAAGCUCGACAACAAAAACGGCUGCAGAUUGGAAUUGCCGCACGUAGUGAUAAAAUACGAACAUAUAAUUUUCCACAAAAUCGUAUUACUGAUCAUCGUUUAGCUGAUAAUCUACAUAAUAUUGAUGGUUAUAUGGCUGGUAAUGAAUGUGAUAAAAUGCGACAAAUAAUUGAUAAAUUAGAAAUAUUACGUCAUCAAGAAUUGAGGCGACAAUUACGUGAUUUGUUGGAAAAGAAUUUUGUCAAAUCAUCAUCAUUGUAAAUAUUUUGAGAAAAUUAAUUAAAAUUAAAUUUAA